CGUCUAUGUUCACUGGGUUCAACAUUCAACCGGCUUGGAAUGUUGAUAGCGCUUAGAAUCAAACAUCCUCGCAUAGUCGCAUCCAACAUCGCUUCCAAUUCGAUCGUUUUCCUUAAACCUAUUUCCCUUGGAAAAAUUUCUUCCUUAAUACAAAGCAACAGGUGAAUUUACUAUCAAGUUUGAUUAGUACGAGCAAGGCCAAACCGUUUGAGUUCAGAAAGAAAAGAUGUCGACUGCCGGUCAGACCAUUAAAUGCAGAGCUGCAGUCGCUUGGGCUCCCAAGCAACCACUUAGCAUUGAAACUGUUGAAGUCGCGCCGCCGAAAGCAGGCGAAGUCAGGGUUCAAAUAAUAACCACCGCCAUAUGUCAUACCGACGCUUAUACCUUGGAUGGACACGAUCCAGAAGGAUUAUUUCCCUGCAUCCUUGGGCACGAAGGGGCAGGUGUUGUCGAAAGCGUUGGAGACGGUGUGACAUCUGUUCAGCCUGGUGACCAUGUCAUUCCACUUUACAUCCCUCAGUGCAAAGAAUGUAAGUUUUGCAAAUCUCAAAAAACAAACCUUUGCAGCAAAAUCCGAACCACACAGGGAAAAGGUUUAAUGCCUGACAGUACUUCAAGAUUUUCUUGUAAUGGAAAACAGCUUUUCCAUUUCAUGGGUUGUUCCACAUUCUCAGAGUACACUGUCGUCGCAGAAAUAUCAAUUGCAAAGGUUAAUGAAAAAGCAGCGAUGAAUAAAGUCUGCUUGUUGGGUUGUGGAGUUUCCACUGGUUACGGUGCCGCUUUGAACACAGCUAAAGUGGAAAGUGGUUCAAACUGUGCGAUCUGGGGUUUGGGAGCAGUUGGUCUUGCUGUUGCAAUGGGAUGUAAAGCUGCAGGCGCGUCUAGAAUCAUAGGUGUUGACACAAACCCAGAUAAAUUCGCUGCAGGCAAGAAAUUAGGUUGUACAGAAUGUAUCAACCCCAAAGAUUUUGAUAAACCGAUCCACGAGGUCCUUAUUGACAUGACUGACGGAGGUUUAGACUUUACAUUUGAAUGCGUCGGAAACGUCAUGACGAUGAGGAGCGCUCUUGAAGCCUGUCAUAAAGGAUGGGGCACAUCUGUAAUUAUCGGUGUCGCAGCAGCAGGACAGGAAAUUUCAACAAGACCUUUUCAACUUGUCACUGGCCGUACAUGGAAGGGAUCUGCAUUUGGAGGAUGGAAGAGCAGAGAUAGUGUACCAAAGCUUGUAGAAGAUUAUUUACAAGGGAAGAUAGAUCUAGAUUCCUUUGUCACCCAUGAAUUAAAAUUUGAAGAAAUCAACGAAGGCUUUGAUUUGCUACAUUCUGGGAAGAGCUUACGUACUGUGCUUACAUACUUUUAAUGGACCAUGAAGACAGUGACAAAAAUACAGUAAUAAUACUACCUAUAUUUAUAUAUAUAUAUAUUUUCCACUUGAAAAGAGCCUCUUCUAAAAGUAUAUUUUUCCAAUUUUACAAACAUUUGCUGUUUAGUAAUAAAUUAAUGCUUGUUUUUUGUUUACUUAUAAAAUUUAUGUAAGGUUACUCAAAUUUAAGAAACAAUUCACCCUGAU